AUGAUGAAAAACAAGACAAUAACAACUUUCAUUCUCCUUGGAUUGACAGAUGACCCUCAACUUCAAGUUCUAAUUUUUAUUUUUCUAUUUCUCACUUACAUGUUGAGUAUAACUGGGAAUCUGACCAUCAUAUUCCUCACUUUAAUGGACUCCCACCUUAAAACACCCAUGUACUUUUUCCUUCAGAAUUUCGCCUUGCUAGAAAUUUCAUUUACAUCUGCUUGUAUUCCUAGAUAUUUGCACAACAUAGCAACAGGUGACAGGUCAAUUACAUACAAUAUUUGUGUUAUUCAGGUGUUUUUUAUUGAUGCGUUUGGAGUUACAGAAUUUUUCCUCUUAGCCAUGAUGUCGUAUGAUCGCUAUGUGGCCAUCUGCAAACCACUGCAUUAUGUAACCAUCAUGAACAACAGAGUGUGUGGAAGGCUUGUUCUCUGUUGCUGGACAGCUGGGGUAUUGAUCAUACUCCCACCACUUAUAAAAAUAGUAAAUCUAGAAUUCUGUGACUCUAAUGUAAUUGAUUAUUUUUUCUGUGAUUCAUCUCCUAUCUUGAAGAUUUCAUGCUCAGACACAUGGCUUUUAGAACAGAUGGUGAUAGCCUGUGCUGUAUUGGCCUUCAUCACAACCCUUCUAGGUGUGGUUCUGUCCUAUAUUUACAUUAUCAAGACCAUUCUAAAAUUCCCUUCUGCCCAUCAAAGGAAAAGAGCCUUUUCCACCUGUUCUUCCCAUAUGAUUGUGGUUUCUAUCACCUACGGGAGCUGUAUUUUCAUCUAUAUCAAGCCUUCAGCCAAGGAGUCAGUGACUAUUAACAAGGGUGUGACACUGCUAAUGACAUCCAUCGCUCCCAUGUUGAACCCAUUCAUUUACACUCUGAGAAACAAACAAGUGAGACAAGCUUUCAGUGACUCAUUCAAAAGAAUUGCAUUGCCCUCAAAGAAGUAA